AUGUCAUCGUACCUCGAAGCCUUCAGCAAAUGGCUUAAGCUCAAGAUCUACCAGCUCGAGGUCACGCUCAGCGUGUACAUCUUUACGCCGAUUGAGAAGUUUAUCUUUUACUCGGUCCUCUUCCUCAUCGUCAGCCUAACCUUCAUCGCCACCGUGCUCUACCUGCCGCAGCACGUGCAGUUCGUGCUCAGCCGCGCAUGGUUCUACAUGAACGGCGACGCGCCGCAGGAAUCGGCGGCGGCGGCGGCGGCGGCGGCAGUGCAGCACAUCGUGGCCAAGUCUGCUGCCGUCGUGACGGAUACGGUUCAGGCGGUGGCGGCGGCGACGGGGGGGAUUGUUCGGGAGCUGUGA